GAUGACCAAGAAGUUAUUCUUUGCCGAUGAAGUGUUUCUGGAUUGUUUACUAUAUGUAAGAGGACUGUAUGAAAAUGCAAGGUGCAGUAAUGGAGGCCAAGGAUGUGGAGAAUGUGGAAACAAGGGUAUUUUAUUAAUAAAGCUGGAUCGAACCUCCCCUGUCUCACUGGAGACCUUUUGUGAUAUGCAGACUCAACAAUGCAGAUAUGCCCUGAGUCAACUUCAAAGCCUUCAUGAAAAGGUGACAGAAGUGAUCAAGUCAUCCUGCAUGAAGGUAGCAGAAGUUGAGGGAGCUAAAGAAAUGUUUUCACCUGUAACUCCUGACUCUAAAGAAAGACCUGCAUAUGUAGUGAUUGCAAAAUGGCGAAAUAUUCAAACAAAAUUCUUCCACUUCCUAAAAUUGAUGGAUAAGCUUUUGGAGGAUCUCCUUUGCCGUCUGGUGAAAAAGGCAGUCCAUGUUUUGGUUGAAUAUUUCAAAAAUGCCUAUCCUGAAAAGGAAAGAAUGCAUUUAUCAAGGUAUCAAGAAACUAAUUUAGAAGACAAUUCAAGAUUGACUAUAAAUGAAGUGGAAAUGUCAAAGAGUGAAAAAUCAGUUUAUAUAGAUAAGGUAUUAAAUGAAAUUAAAAGAAAUAAAGAAAUGAAACAAGGAUCAGUUCCAGCAUUUGAAGUUAAUGUGAUGUUAAAGUUUUCAAAAGAAAGUUCUGAAUUUGCAUUUGAUAAGAAUGGUUCAGAAUAUCUCAUAUCCAACAUAAUGCACGACAAUGACAUUGAAGAGCCAUCACAUCCUGGAGAGAAGAUUGCUGAAGGUGAAACUAAUGUAAGUGAGAAAGCAUACAAGGAACCAAAAGAUACUGAAAAUAAACAACCACUGAAUGACUUGACAACAGAUGAUGAAGUUAAAUAUUUUGAAACAUUUGAGAAAUCCUCUGUUGACAGUGACAUUCUCCGGAGACGUCAAAUGCCUCUUGUCCAUGUUGCUGUGAAUCCUCCAGUGGAAGACUUUUUGUUUCAGAUACAGAACACGUUGUACGGCUUUGAACAGAACAUUGCCAAAGUCACUCCAUUCAGUCGGGAACCUCUGUUGUCAAUACUUUACUCACAGCUUAUUUAUGAACACAACUUGCUCCUGGGUGAAGAAAUCGAAACAAAAAGAGAAGAGAGCUCUUGGCUGGAGCUAGGAUUUCAUCUUGGAAUUGAUGAAGAUUACCAAGCUAAUCUUUUAGAGAUAAAGGAGAUCAUUACACUGGGAAUGAAUGAUGUAGAAUCUUACUCUCACAACUUUACAAAAUACACCCGAAUGGUGGAAGAGGUCAUGGUAACAGACCUGGAACAUUUUGUGGCUGAAGGAAAAUGGGAUCCACAAGAUUUUAGAACCAUCCUGGCCACUCACACAGAUUAUGUCACCCAGAUGACAAAAAUGGAUAUUGAAAAACACGUUAAAAUAUUUAAAGUGAUUUCUCUCCAAUAUCAAAAAGAUUGCUUGCCUUAUCCAGAAGGUUUAAUUUCAACUAUCCAUUCCAUGUUGCCUGCUAUUGCUGGGAAGAGAAACGAAGAACUAUUGGAGGUAAUCAGGACAUCACUGAAACUUUUGAAUAAAGAGAUUAAUUCCGUUGAAGGAUUUGUAGAACACCUGACUUUUCUUGGCCGUGUCUCUUCAGAGAUGCCCUCGCUUGAAAAAGAAUAUAACGUGGUGAACCAGCUUUACACAAUUGCUAAAGAUUACAACAUUACCAUUGAUGCAGAGGAGCUUGCUUUAUUUCAAAUGCUUAUUCCUAGCUUUCAUACGCUACGAUCAACUGUAUUGUUUUGUGAAGCAAAGAGGGAUGAGAAUAUUAUAAAAUUUGGUACUGACCUCAAGAAGCAUCUAAGCAACCUUUGUUUUGAGCUCAUCGAUAUGAGAAUAAAGAUAAAUAAUCCAAUUCUUCUUCAGUCUGAAACCAUGCCAAAGGCAGCCAAAGAAAUUAUCCAAAACUUGUCUGAAGAGGUUUCUGUACUUUCUAAAAAAGCCCAGAGUUAUGUUAACUAUCAGCAGCACUUGGGCAGUUCUUUGUCUGUUAAGAACUUCACUGAAGAUUUGAUGUCAGAAAAAAGCCAAGACAGUAAAUCCACAGCUCAAGCCGUGAACGCUGAUCUGUCAGAAAUAGAGUAUGAGCUGACAUUGCGGAAGCUGUUGUGGGAGAUGAAGGAGGAGUGGGCUGUCCUGUACAGUGAAUGGAAGGACACCCCUUUUGAUCAAUUAAAUGUGGACAAACUCCAAAAAGAUGUUAACCGCUUCACACAAACAAUAUACAUGUUAGAAAAAGGCUUGCCUGAAAAUGACAUUGUACCAAAUCUAAAGCAAGGACUUCUGGACUUUAAACUGUGUCUUCCAAUAAUUGUUGCUCUUAGAAAUCCUUACCUUCGAUCACGGCAUUGGGAUUCUAUUCAAUAUAUUAUAGGUAGAGCAAUUAAUAAAGAUGAAAGGUUUACACUUGGCAACCUCCUGGACCUCAAGGUUCUUCAGUAUAAGAAUAAGAUUGGUGAUAUCUCAAGCUGUGCCACUAAUGAGUUCACACUGGAUUCAGUAUUAAAUAAGGUAACUGAGAUGUGGAAAACCAUUGACUUCCGGCUGGUAAAACAUCAGACUGAUGUGUCGUCUGUCAUGAUCAUAGCCUCAGCAGAGGAGAUUACAUCACUUUUAGAGGAAAGUAAACUCACUAUUUCAACAAUUAAAGCAUCACGUUAUGCUGGACCCUUUAAGAACCAGAUAGAGGAAUGGGACCGCAAACUGAAUCUUUUUGCUCAUACUUUGGAUGAAUGGAUAAUGUGUCAGAAAAAAUGGCUGUACCUGGAACAGAUUUUUUUACCUGGAGAUAUUCAGAGACAACUUCCUGAGGAAGCUCAGUUGUUUUCUCAAGUAGAUAAAGUAUGGAAGGAGCUGAUGCAGAAAACAGAAAAUAAAUCAAAUGCACUGAAAGCUACAACUGCUCCCGGAGUUCUAGAAAUGCUUCAGACGAACAAUGUGCACCUUGAGAAAAUACAGAAGAGUCUUGAGGAUUACCUUGAAAUGAAAAGAAUGGUUUUUCCACGGUUUUAUUUUCUCAGCAAUGAUGAUCUAUUCAAUGUUUUGGCCCAGAGUAAAAACCCAAAUGCUAUUCAGCCUUAUUUACCCAAAUGUUUUGAGAAUAUCAAUUCCUUGGAUGUGAAAGACCAGUCUGGAUCACAUCCAGUAGUUACACUGAUAAGAUCUGCUGAAAAUGAAAUGCUUUCUCUGCCAAAGAAUAUCCGAGCUCGCGGUCCUGUGGAGCAGUGGUUAGGAAAUGUGGAAACUGCAAUGUUUGACACAGUAAAAAGGCAUUUGAAAACUGGAUUAACAGAAUGGAGUACAACGGAAUUUAAAAAGUGGGUGCUUGCACAUCCCAGCCAAAUUGUUCUUAUUGUGAGCCAAGUAAUGUUUAACAAAGACUGCCAGCUCUGCUUUGGUGACGGAAAUCCUGCUAAAUGUAUGAAGAAAAUAAACCAGGAUCUGCUGGAUCAUCUUGAUGAACUUGCUGAGCUCGCCUUAGAGUUCCUCACUUUUAACCAACAAACUACACUGGAGGCCUUGCUUACAAUCUACAUUCACUGUAGAGAUGUGCUAAUGGAUUUGAUUAAAAAUAACAUUAUCAAAGCUGAAGACUUUGAAUGGAAAAGGCAGCUGCGCUAUGAAUGGAAUGAACAGGAUUCUACAUGUUAUGUCAUUCAAGCCCAUGCUUCAUUUACAUAUGGAUUUGAGUAUUUAGGCUGUACGCCUAGACUGGUGAUAACACCACUUACUGAUCGCUGCUGGCUAACUCUAACUGGGGCAUUGCAUUUACAUUUGGGAGGUUCACCUGCAGGGCCGGCUGGAACUGGGAAAACAGAGACAGUAAAAGACCUAGCAAAGGCUCUUGGAAAGCAAUGCAUUGUCUUUAACUGUUCUGAAAGUAUAGAUUAUAAGAUGAUGGGAAAGCUUUUCUCUGGUAUUAUACAAUCUGGAGCCUGGUGUUGCUUCGACGAAUUCAACAGAAUUGAUGUGGAAGUUCUUUCAGUGAUUGCAUCACAGAUUCAGGCUAUCAAGGUAGCAAAAGAUAACCAGGUUACAAGGUUUACUUUUGAAGGGCAUGAUGUUCGUUUGAAUAAUUCCUGUGGAGUUUUUAUUACUAUGAAUCCUGGAUAUAAAGGACGAGUAGACCUUCCAGACAAUUUAAAAUCCUUUUUCCGGCCAGUAGCAAUGAUGAUGCCUGAUUAUGGACUUAUUGCUGAGGUCAUAUUGUUCUCUGAGGGAUUUAAGUCCGCAAAGCGCCUUUCAAGAAAAAUAGUCAACCUUUAUCAGUUGGCAAGCAAGCAACUAUCAAAGCAAGAUCACUAUGACUUUGGUAUGAGGGCUAUCAAAUCUGUUUUAUUGAUGGCAGGUAAAAAAAAAGAGAGCGAAUUAAGCCCAAUGUGUCACAUGCCUUAUAGGAGAAUUUUUACUGAAGAAGAGGAAUCUUUCAUCUUGAGGAGUGCUCUGCAAGAGGCUAAUCUUCCUCGAUUUCUGGCUGAGGAUGUUCCAUUAUUUCAAAGUAUUAUGGAUGACCUGUUUUCAAACAUUAAUCUUCCAAAACUAGAUAGUGAAAGACUAGAGGAUGCCAUCACUGCUUCAGUUCUGAAACUUGGCUUACAGCUUAUUCCUAAUCAAGUACAGAAGAUUAUCCAGCUCCAUAGUCAAAUUAUGGCUCGUCAUGGAGUAAUGCUGGUAGGCCCUUCGGGAGGUGGGAAAACUACAGCGAGGACCAUUCUUCAAAAAGCCCUUCCCUUAUUAUUAACUCCUAUGCCCGAAACAAGUGGUGAAAACGCUUUGCAGGGCACUGUAAAUAAAAAAGCUAAAAUUGAUGUCUUCCCAAUUAAUCCAAAGAGUAUUACUUUGGGGGAACUUUAUGGGCAGAUAGACCUAAAUACCAUGGAGUGGUCCGAUGGAUUACUGUCUGCGGCACUAAGGAACUUUUCUAAAGAGCUCCAGAUGCAAAGUGAAGCAAGAAAAGCACUUAAAAAUGAAGAAAUACGUGUUGAUGUCAGUGUACCACACAUAGCUCAGACAUCCGCCAUUGAAGGACAGCGCCAACCUGAUCUGCAGAUCCAUGAUGACGUGCAGUCAGUUGCUCACAAAUGGAUAAUCUUGGAUGGACCUGUUGAUACUCUGUGGGUUGAGAAUUUAAAUUCUCUUCUUGACGACAGCAAAAUUUUGUGUCUUGCUAAUGGAGAACGCAUCACUUUGCCAGCUGAAGUCCGAAUCAUCUUUGAAGUAGACAAUUUGUCACAAGCCAGUCCUGCCACCAUCAGCCGCUGUGCAAUGGUUUAUAUGGACCCUGUUGAUUUGGGCUGGAUGCCUUAUGUCAACACUUGGCUAGCAAAGGAAUGUAAAGAACUUGGUGAAUCUGGGCAAAAGUACCUUCAAACUCUUUUUAACAAAAGCAUGGCAGAGGGUUUAGAUUUUAUAAAGAAAAAUCAGAAAAUGCAGCACUUCCCUGUUCCAGAAAUGUCCAUAAUAAUGACUUUGUGCAACAUUCUAGGAGCUUUUAUAAAUGUGCUGAGCAAAAAUGGAUGUCUUUCUGAUGUCAAUGAAAAUAUACCAUGGACUGUUCAAUCAAGAAGUUCUUCAUCUAAGACAACAAGUAGCUUCAGAGGCAGUCUGCUAGGCUCAGCUCAAGACAGGAGGGACCAUCAUAAGUGGUUUCUUCAAAAGCAUCCAGACAAACUCCCAGUUUUGCUCGGAAGGCUCUUCGUUUUUGCUUUUACCUGGGCUGUUGGUGGAAUCCUGAAUCGUGAUGAGGAAUGGGAAGACUCACUACAGGUUUCCAAAGACAAAGACACUCCUCUUGUUAGCGUAGCCUGCUGCUUUGAUAAGCUGGUUCACGAUUUGUUUGACGGAGAGCCACCUCACGGAGUUCGCCUUCCAACUGGGAACAGGCUGAUCUUUGGCUACUUUGUAGAUUUACAAACGGGUGCUUUUGUACCCUGGGAUGAACUGGUGACUUCUACUGAGUCCAUGAUAAAGAAAGGAUUGAGCUUUUCGUCAUUUUCUGAGUCACUAAUGUAUGAAGGUGUUAAAGGAAAAUUCCUGAAGAAGAGUAUGGACUCAAGUGUACAGUUCAUCCCCACUCCUGACACAGUGCGAUUCUCCUUCCUGACAAGCUUACUCCUGCUCAAUAAUCACCCUGUGCUCUUAACAGGGGAAUCAGGUGUCGGAAAAUCUGUGUUAAUUCACAACAUGCUGGAAAACUUGAAGAAGCAAGGAGGUCAUCUAAUAAAACCAGGAACAAUCCUUGGUGAUGUAUUCCUGCACAAUCAAGCAAAAUCUGCAAGUCUUCUAGAGAAUGUUAACUCUCUGACAGCUGAAGAUGCAAAUGGAAAUGAACAAGUUAUUGAAGAUGCAUUUUUGGAAACUGCACUAAGUGACCAUUCCCCUGGGUUAAGUAGCAAGUCCUUCAUCAAGCACCAGUCUCUUUAUGGCAUCACUCGGCCAUCUUCUGAUGAUUCCAGCUUAAUAGUCUCUUCAUUGCAAUUCUGUGGCCAGACCAGUGUCCAACAAACACAGGCUCGAAUCUUAAAAAAACUUGUGAGAAAAGGCAAAGGUUUUUUUGGAGCAUCACAUAACAAAAAGGUUUUAUUUUUUUUAGAUGAUCUGAAUAUGCCAGUUCCUGAAAAGUAUGGUGCACAACCACCCUUGGAAUUCAUCAGACAAUUUAUUGAAUUGGGUGGUUUUUACAAUGCUAAGGAUUUAGUCUGGAAGCAUGUUGAAGAUGUUACCUUAUUGGCAGCUUGUGCUCCCCCUAGUGGUGGGAGGAAUGACAUCAGUCCACGACUCUUAAGGCUAUUUUCUACAAUAGUUGUUCCACAACCGUCAACACAAUCGCUCCAGCACAUUUUUCAGGUGCAAUUGGGAGGCUUCUUGAAUAGCAGUGACUUUAUGCCAGAAGUCCAAAGGUGCAGAAUUCCACUGGUAACAGCAUCAAUAGCAGUUUAUUAUAAAAUGUGCCAUCAUAUGCUUCCCACUCCUUCAAAGUUUCAUUAUGUCUUCAACUUGAGAGACUUGGCCAAGGUAAUUCAAGGUUUGCAACAAGCCGAUGGAUCGGAUAUUGUUUCCAAAGAGGCCGUGACUCGGCUCUUUACACAUGAAGUAACACGUGUGUUUCAUGAUCGUUUAGUAUGUGAAAAAGACAAAGAGCUAUUUCAUCAAAUAUUGUCAACUGAACUUCAAAACUAUUUUAAGUUAUCCACAUCAACUGAAAUUUUUCUGAGCGAAUCUGCUGUCUUUGGAGACUUUUUAGACAUUAACAGCCCUUCAGGAAGCAGAAUUUAUAAACACAUUUCAGAUGAGAAAAAACUGACAGCUUUCUUGGAGGAGUACCAGUUGAGAAGUAGCUUCAGGUACUCAAAGGCUCCCUUUGUUUUCUUUAGAGAGGCUGUUGAACACAUUGUAAGAGCGGCAAGAAUAUUCAGACAACCAGGUGGUCAUAUGAUGGCGAUUGGCUUGGAUGGUACAGGAAAAAUAACGUGUAUUUCUUUAGCUUGUCAUAUUUCUGGAUGCAGUUUGUAUAGACUCGCUAUCACCAAGAACUACAGCUAUAGUGACUUUCGUGAAGACAUCAAAAAGGUUUUUAAGCAAUGUGGUCUACAUGGAGCAAACACGGUCUUGUUGAUAUCUGAUUCAGACAUUGUGGAGGAGACUUUUCUGGAGGACCUCAGCUGUAUUCUUGAUGCUGGUGAAGUACCAGACCUCUUUGAUAAUGAAGAGAUAGACAACAUUGCCUUGGAAAUUAAAUCUAAUGUGGUAGAUUCUAACAUUCCAGAAAAAAGGGAAGAGAUCUACAUGUACUUUUUACAACAAGUGCGCACGAGGUUACAUGUCGUAGUGUGUACAAGCCCAGCAGGCACUGCUCUGCGCCAGCGCUGUCGACUUUACCCCUCACUGCUCAGCUGCUGCACGGUUGACUGGUACAGUGAAUGGACCAACAGCGCCUUACUAAAGGUUGCAAAUACAUAUAUUAAUUCCAUGGAUUUAGGAGAAAACAUGAAGGCAUUACGUGACAGUGUUGCUGAAGUGUGUGUGGACAUCCACAAAAAUGUGUCAUCAAUAGCACAGCAGUACUGGAAGGAAAUGAGAAGGCGCUAUUAUAUCACCCCCAGCAGCUAUUUAGAUCUUAUAAAUACAUUCUCCAGAAUGUCACUCAGUGAAAAAAUGAAGAUUCAAAGCAUCAGGGACCGUUUUUUUAACGGACUGUCCAAACUGACUGAAGCAACAGAUCUUAUCAAGGAAAUGCAAGAGGAGAUUGUAGCACUGGGACCUAAAAUUGAGCAUAAAUCAAAGGACAUCGAGUUUUUGAUGGAAAAGUUACAGAAGGACUCAGAAGCAGUGGAACAAGUCAGAGCCCUUGUAAAGAUGGAAGAACAAACCAUGGGUGAAGAGACUAGAAUCGUGAAGGAGUAUGCAGAGCAAGCCACUGAAGAGCUGAACGCAGUGCUUCCAUCAGUGCAGAAAGCCAUAGCAGCUCUUGAUGCACUUGACAAAGCUGACAUCUCUGAAAUUAGAGUAUAUACAAGCCCCCCAGAUUUGGUGCUCACUGUUAUGAAUGCAGUAUGCACUUUACUUCAGAAGAAACCUGGAUGGACAACAGCAAAGCUUCUGCUGGCAGACCCGGGAUUUCUUAAGAAACUGGUCACCAUAGACAUUGAUAGCAUACCUGAGAAGGUAUUUAUCAAGCUAAGAAGAUACUCUAAGGAUCCCAGCUUCACCCCAGACAAAGUUGGCGUCGUUUCUACUGCUUGCCGUUCUUUGUGCCUUUGGGUUUUGGCUGUGGAAAAUUACCAUGAAGUACACAAGAAUGUUGCACCUAAGCAGAUGAAAGUUGAAGAGGCAAAAGAAGCACUUAAAAUUGCUCAGAAGAAGCUGGAAGAGAAACAGAAAAUGCUGCAGAUGAUUGAGAGUCACCAGCUUAAUCUGCAGCAGCAUUAUAAUGAAAGCAUUUGGGAGAAGGAGGAACUUGACAGACGGAAAGUAUUAGCUACCCAAAGGCUGCACAGAGCUGCCAUUUUAACUGCCGCACUGGCUGAUGAAAAGGUACGGUGGAAUGAAUCACUGAGUAAACUGGAGAGCAAGCUACAGGGUAUUGUGGGAGAUGUUCUUCUAUCAGCAGCAUGCAUUACCUAUUUUGGGGCUUUUACAGCAACAUACCGUAAGCAGAUGCUGCAGAGCUGGGUGAAUUUCUGUAUCCAAAAAGCUAUCCCAGUUACUCCAGAAUUCACACUGUCAACAGCAAUGGCAGAAGAGAAGCAGCUUCGGAAGUGGCGAAGUGAAGGAUUACCGCCAGAUCAGAAUUCCAUUGAAAAUGCUAUUCUUAUAAAGAAAAGCUCUCAUUGGCCACUACUGAUCGAUCCACAAGAACAAGCUUAUGAAUGGAUCUGCCAUAUGGAAGGUGCCAACCUUAAGAAAGUCUCAGCCUCUGACCCCAACUAUAUGAAGACCAUUGAGACUGCUGUGCGACUUGGGCAGCCAGUUCUUAUACAGGAUUUGCAAGAAAAAAUAGAUCCAAUCCUUAAACCCUUACUAAUGAAGGAUGUUGUGGCACGAGAUGGGCAAAGUUUAAUUAAGAUGGGAGAUGCUGAAAUUGAAUACAACCCCGAUUUCAGGUUAUAUCUGACCACUCAUAUACCAAACCCUCACAUCCUACCUGCAAUUUGUAUUAUGGUCAAGUUGAUAAACUUCAUUGUGACAUUUGAUGGCUUGCAGGACCAAUUCCUCUCCAGAGUUAUUUCACUGGAAAAUCCACAACUGGAAGAGCAGCAUUGUCAGCUGUUGGAAAGCAUCACUUUGGAUCUCUCGCUGCUUCAGGAGCUUGAAGACAAAUCCCUGAUGCUGUUACAGAAAACAGAGGGACACAUUCUUGAUGACCAAGACUUAAUCGACACUUUGCAGAAUUUGAAGAUCACGUCAAAGGAGAUCAUAAACAGAGUUCAGAUUUCAGAAAAUACAGAACAGAAGAUUGAACAGACACGUGUCAAGUACCUCCCUGUUGCUAACCGGGCAGCAACACUCUACUUUGUUGUAGCAGAUUUAGUUGAGCUCAAUUACAUGUAUCAAUUUUCGUUGGACUGGUUCAGUAAAAUGUUCAUCAAAGCAAUUCAGCAGGUAAACAUGAAACAAAAGGAUAUGCCUCACGCUGAUCCACUGGGCCCAGUCGCUGGCACCUUGCGUCCUCAAAGUGCUCAGAAACUGCGAAGACCUGCAGACAACAAAAUGACUGCACAAGUGAUGAAGGAUCUAAACUCUCAUAUAUCAGAAACAAUAAAUACUUUAACUGAAAACAUAUACAAGGAAGUGUCUCUGGCUCUUUUUGGCAAUCACCAGCUCUGCUUCUCAUUCAUGAUCUGUGUAAGCAUCAUGAUAAAUGACUACAAUGGGAGCAGCUUAGGAUUCUUGCCAAUAAGUGAAUGGCAGACGUUCUUAUAUUCAGAUGUUUUGGCAAGCAUGAUGGAUACAACUGGAGACAAAAAUAAAGAUGAUUCAACUUUUAAACGUCCUCCACUCCCCUGGUUAUCAGAAUCCAAAUGGAAGCAAUGCCAGUAUAUCGCAGCCCAUGUGAGCACCUGCUCUUUGCUUUGUGAAUCUUUAAUUUCCAGCCAAGAACAGUGGAGGAGGUUUCUUGAGACUGAAAACACAUAUCAGUUUCUGCAGAUGCCUUACACAGAUAUGAUGGGCUCUACGGUUGUUCCAUCUGACCUGGAGAAGCCUCAAAUAAUCUUUCCCUGGGACAAGCUGUCAGCAUUUCAGAAACUCAUUUUGAUUAAAACCUUAAAACCAGAAAGUUUGAUAAGCUCACUCGAAGGGUUCAUUGCAGACAAACUUGGCACUAAAUAUGUUGAAAGUGGAAACCUCACCCUGAGAGAAAUGUAUGAUAACUCAGAUGCAACUACUCCUCUGAUAUUUAUCUUGUCUCCAGGCAUGGACCCAACUUCCCAGUUAAUGAGGCUGGCUCAAGAAGUGCGUGGCAGCACCGUUCAUGUAGAUAUGGUGUCUCUUGGCCGUGGUCAAGGACCAAAAGCUAAAGAACUCAUCAAAAAAGCUCAAAUACUCAAAGGACGUUGGGUUUUUCUUCAGAACUGCCAUCUUGCUGCCUCUUUUAUGCCACAGCUGCAGACCAUUGUAAAUUCGUUCACAACAAAAAGCUUUGAUAUUGAUCCUCUCUUCCGACUAUGGCUGUGCUCCAGACCUGAGUCUUCAUUUCCUCUUUCCGUCCUCCAAAAGGGGCUCAAGAUUGCUGUUGAGCCACCUCAGGGACUAAAAAAGAGAUUGCUCCACACAUUCAGCAGCUGUCUUGGAGAAGUGACAGAAGAGAUGUACGCAAAGACAAGCACUAAUCCGACCUGGAAAAGGCUGCUGUUUGGAUUAUGCUUCUUCAAUGCUGUUCUUCAUGAAAGAAAGAAGUAUGGGCCGUUGGGCUGGAAUAUUCCCUACGAGUUUUCAUCCUCUGACUUGGAGGUUGCUCUUCAGAGUUUGGAGAUGCUGUUAGAAGGUGCCGUAGAUGUUCCCUGUCAGGCUCUACGCUAUCUCACCGGGGAGGUGGUGUAUGGUGGACGAGUCACAGAUAGCUGGGAUCGCCGCUGUUUACUCAGCACUCUUGAUCACUUCUAUCACCCUAGUGUGUUACUUGAUAAACAAACCUUCUCAAAAGACACGACAUAUAAGCCAAUCCCUGUCACCGCAAGUUUAGUUGAUUGUAGAAAACAUAUAGAAAGUUUGCCAGACCAUGAAUCUCCUGAGCUCUAUGGCAUGGACCAUUGUGCAAAAGAUAUCUAUGAAGAGAAUAAAGCACAACUAUUUGUCGACACCAUCAUCAGUAUGCAGCCCAGAAUUCAGAACAGCAGAUUUGUUAGCCAACAAAAGCAGGAUGAGGUUAUUUUAGAAAUGGCUCUCGACAUCAUUAACAAAGUUCCUAAGUCAGUGGAAAGUGAAGAGAGCACAAUGCACAACUCCCACUCCAAUGUGAAACUAAAAGAUCUAAUGGCUGGAGCACAGGGUUUUGACCCACUGGUGCUGCAUUCACCUCUCCUCAUAGUUUUGCGUCAGGAAAUGACUUGUUUCAAUCGCCUGCUGUCAGCUCUCCAUUCUUCACUCAAUUCAUUUUGCUGUGCUGUGAAGGGAGAAAUAUUAAUGACUGAAGCCCUUGAAGAAGUCUACAGCUCCUUUCUUGCAAUGAGAGUCCCGUCACUUUGGAAGAGAUGGUCAUAUGAGUCCUGUAAGCCACUGCUUUCCUGGAUUGAAGAUUUAAUUCAAAGGGUACAGUUUUUCAGGACUUGGGAACAAAAGGUCAAGAGCUACAUUUUUCAAAGAAUUGAUGAAGCAAACCUGCAGCAGAAUGAACAGAUACAGAAAAAUCCCAAUGACUGCUCCAUGUAUCUGCCACGUAGCUUUUGGAUUUCUGGAUUUUUCUCACCGCAAGGAUUUCUGACAGCUGUGCUGCAAAAUUACGCUCGACAGAACGGCCUUUCUAUGGACUCCGUGUCUUUCACGUGCCAGGUCAUGAGCAGUGAGAACAACAGCCACUCUGAAGAAGGCAAAGCAGACCAGAGUCUCACAGCAAGUGCGCCUAAGGCCCCAUCGCCUCCAGAAGAUGGUGUGCUGCUGUUCGGCUUGUACUUAAGUGGAGCUCAGUGGGAUUCCGUAUCACAGACGUUAAAGGAACUGCAGCCUCACCAGCAGCACUGCCCAUUUCCUGAGAUACACUUUCUUCCCUUUCAGGUGUCAAACGAAAACUCAUCUUUUGCCUUAAGUGGUGAGGGGUCAAAAGAGAUGCAUUAUGAAUGUCCAGUUUAUCAGACAUCAAAAAGAACUGGAAAUCUCUCAUCUACAGGGUUAUCUACAAAUUUUGUAACUUCCUUAAAUUUACCAACUAAAGCACCAGCCACUCAGUGGAUAAGAAGAGGAACUGCAUUACUGUGCCAACUGAAUGAAUGAACCAACUGAAAUUCCAAAUUAUGCUUAUUGAAGGGAAAGUUAAUUCUUCAGAACUGUGAAGUAAUAAAAAAUAUGGAAAAAAUACAAUGUAGUCUUUUUGUAAAUGUUUAUUUGUAACAAAAUAUAAAAAUAGUUACAGUCUGCAUUUAUAAAAGUGCACCCAGGGUGCAGCAAAGCACAAGCUACUUCAUAUCAUGAAAACUUGGAUUCAAAUGUUUAUGUAGACUUAAUUCUGGUCACUCA